UUUUCAGCCAAUCAAAUGGGGAAAAGGAUAAACCCUUCACUCAAUUCCUCAAUCUCGAUCUCUCCACCGAUUCGAGUAGCCAUGGGGAUACUGUCGUGGUUCACCGGAAGCCCUAAGCCUUCGCAGCCGGCGGAGAAGUCGAAGACGGAGAAAUCGGAAACUUCGGCUCCGGGGAUGAACGGAGCCAUAGAAGUCCCACGUCCCGAUCGCGCGACGGUUUUCGAGUUCGGCUCCGUGGCAGCCACCGGAGACAGAGUCACUCUAGCUGGAUACUGCCCCGUUUCCGACGAUCUCGAACCUUGUCGCUGGGAGAUUCUUCCCGCCGACGGAAAAGACGCUCCACAGUUUCGCGUCGUCUUCUGAAGAAUCCGAUCAUCAUCAUCAUCAUCAUCAUCAUCAGCUGAGUUGUCUACUUUCUAGAAAUGUAGUUUGCUCAUGGAGAAAUUGUAUUGGUGCUGGUAAGAGGUUCGAAUCGCACCAUCAUCAUCUAGAGCUUGUAUUUUCCGUAUUUAAAUAAAUUAGCUUCUUUAUUAUUUUUAAAAAUAAGGGAAUUAUUAAGUGAUUAUCCGUGUUUUACUGAUCCUAA